GAAGCUCCGCCUUCGAUCAUCGCGGGGAACGGGGAAACCUCCGCGCGCGAGAGAAGCCGUGCACAAGUCUCGGCCGGGCCGCGCGGUGCUUGAGGCAGGCCCGGGCUCUUGAGUCUCGCUCCCCGCCUGGAUUCCAUGGCGCGUCCUGCAAAUUGGCGCGGAGAUGGGGGGUGGCGAGAAAGGCAAGGAGGAAAUGGUGUAGCUAGUAUGCGGGAGUGAUCGCCCGCCGCGCGCUGGUCGGUGGCUGCAGCUUGUGAGCACCUCUCCGUGAUCUCUUCUAUUUUAAACUUCUCACAAAGAAGUCUUGAAGAUACUGACUUUCAGGAGGAUUUUACUACCUGUCCGGAUGUCACCAGCAUUUCCUAUGUUAACAGUUCUGAGCAUGUUUUACUAUAUUUGCCUUCGGCGCCGAGCCAGGACAGCCACAAGGGGAGAUUUGAUGAACAACAGGAGAGCCAUAGAAUCAAAUAGAUCCCUACCUAUCAAUGUUCAAUUGGUCCAGUAUGCCAAAGAAGUGUUGGACUUCAGCUCCCAUUAUGGCAGUGAAAACAGCAUGUCGUAUACCAUGUGGAAUUUGGCUGGAACGCCUAAUGUGUAUCCUAGCUCAGGUGAUUUUACACAAACCGCUGUGUUUAGGACCUAUGGAAAAUGGUGGGAUAUGUGCCCUAGUGCACGAAUACCAUUUACGAGGACCCCACCCAGUUUUCAAAGUCAGGACUAUGUAGAACUUGCGUUUGAGGAACAAGUGUAUCCUACAGCCAUACAUAUUUUGGAAACAUAUAAUCCCGGUGCUGUGGUUAGGAUUUUGGCAUGUUCUGCAAGUCCUUAUUCACAAAAUCAGCCAAAUGAAGUAAGGUGGGAAAUCCUUUGGUCAGAUCUACCUUCCAAGGUGAUUUUGCCUCAGGCACGUCAGUUUGCACCUGUUAUUAAACAAAUAAAUUUUCCUACAAAUUUAAUCCGUUUGGAAAUAAACAGUUCACUUCUGGAUUAUUAUACUGAGUUGGAUGCUGUAGUGCUACAUGGUUUAAGAGAGAGACCUGUGCAUUUACUCAGUACUCCAAUUAUUGAUAUGAAUGAUCUAGAUGACGAUGAAGAAGGAGAGAGAGAAAGUUACAGCAGCGUGGACAGUCUCAACAAGCAAUUUAGCACUGCUGCCUUCAAAGACUGGACAACUAAUGGAUACUUUGAUAAAUUGCCUUAUGAGCUCAUCCAGUUGAUUUUGAGUCACCUUACCGUUCCGGAUCUAUGUAGACUCUCACAGACAUGUAAGCUACUAUAUCAACAUUGUUGUGAUCCACUACAAUAUAUUCAUCUCAGUUUGCAACCAUAUUGGGCAAGGAUUAAUGACACAGCUUUAGAAUAUCUGCAGUCUCGUUGUAUCCUGGUCCAGUGGCUUAAUUUAUCUUGGACUGGGAACAGAGGAACAAUUUCAUUUUCUGCUUUUAGCAGGUUCCUGAAAGUUUGUGGUUCAGAACUAGUACGCCUGGAAUUGUCUUGUGGCCAUUUCCUCAAUGAGGCUUGUUUGGAAGUUAUUGCUGACACAUGUUUAAAUUUGCAGGAAUUAAAUCUCUCCUCCUGUGAUAAAAUUUCACCUCAGGCUUUCAACCACAUUGCCAAAUUGUGCAACCUUACACGUUUAAUUCUUUAUCGAACAAAAAUAGAGCAAACAGCACUGCUCAGCAUUCUGAACUUCUGUACAGAACUUCAGCACCUCAGCCUGGGAAGCUGUGUAAUGAUUGAGGACUAUGACACAAUAGCUAGUAUGAUGGGAGCCAAAUGCAAAAAACUUCGAACAUUGGAUUUAUGGCGAUGUAAAAACAUUUCUGAAAAUGGAUUAGCAGAGCUGGCUGCGGGCUGUUCACUGUUGGAGGAGCUUGAUCUUGGCUGGUGCCCGACCCUUCAGAGCAGUACGGGAUGCUUUGCAAAACUUGCCCGAAAACUACCAAAUUUGCAAAAGCUUUUUCUGACAGCUAACCGAUCUGUGUGUGAUUCUGACAUUGAAGAACUUGCUGCAAAUUGUACAAAUCUUCGACAGCUUGAUAUUUUAGGGACAAGAAUGGUAAGCCCGGCUUCUUUAAGGAAAUUGCUGGAGUCUUGUAAAGAAUUGUCCUUACUUGAUGUGUCCUUCUGUUCACAAAUUGAUCACCGAAUUGUCCUAGAACUGAAUGCCAGCUUCCCUAAUGUGCUCAUCAAAAAGAGCUUCACUCAGUGACUCAAUUCAUAUGUUGCUGUAUAGAACUGAUCUGAUGAUUCUGCUUCCUGGAAAUUUAUAAUGAUUUUUUUUUCAAAGAGAAAAUAUAUUUUUUUUUUGAGGCAUGGGGGAAAGGCUAAUUCUUAAUAUGAAGGUAAAAUAUGAAAAAAUUAAAUAAUGGCCAACCAUUUGUUCCUGAUACAAUACUUGUCAAAUGAUUAUUGUUGAAAGCAUCUUGUAAAUGUUAGAAGAUAUACACAUAAAUGUUCAUUAAUCAUUUAAUCUUACUAGGAUAUUAUUAUUAAAAUAAGGCAGUUGAGAAGUGGAAGAUAAAAUCAAUUUUAAGUUCUGACAUUCACUUUUAAGAUAUAAAUAUUGGAAGAACUUAGAACCUGAAUGUCUUGAAGUAUGAAACCUAUUUUAUUUAAUAGUUUCAUCAAUCCAUUCAGACUUGGCGUUUCUAGUAAAUGCAAUAUACUGAGUUUGUAGAAAUUCUCAGUCAUCCAGCUUUGUCAGGAGGCAACUGGACUUUCUUGUUUUUCUUCUGAAGACCUUUCGCUU